CGUGGUCACACUUUUUCAGCUCCACCCACUAGUCUCUCUUUGAGUCAAGUCUUCAGCUCUCUCUCUCUCUGCAGAGCUUCAGUCUUCAGAUCGAUCCACCCAGAAAUUACCAAAAAGCAUAACCCAGUUAAUAAAUAGCGAAGAAAGAGAAGAAAAGAAAAGUGAAAAAACAGAGAAAAAAGAAUUGCUGGAAGAUUGAUGGUUGUCCCCUUAUACGACUCGAAAACGCCCAAAGUCUUCAUGUGGAAAGAAGAUCCAACUUUUCUAAAAGGAAGUUAAGUAUGAGUCUUGUUAUGUACCAGCAAUCUUGAAUUUGGUUACGUUAUUUGGUCUUUCUAACUUAUAAUCUACGAGCAUGGUGUCGGGUUUUAGGGCAGCCUCUGUUCUCAUUACUAUCUUUGCUUGUCUGCUCGUCCCUGGCCAUGCCACUCCCUCCGAUAUUGAAUGCCUGAAAUCGAUACAGAACUCGUUGGAAGACCCAAACAACUACCUAGCAACGUGGAUUUUUGAUAACAGUUCCCAGAGAUCAAUAUGCAAGUUCACUGGGAUAGAGUGUUGGCACGAGGAUGAUAACAUGGUCUUGAAUAUCCGGCUUUCAGACAUGGGGCUCAAGGGUGAGUUCCCACUAGGCAUUGCCGGUUGUGCGGCCAUGACUGGCCUGGAUCUUUCUAGCAAUAGCAUCCGUGGGAACAUUCCGAGUAAUAUCUCUAAGAUAAUUGGCUUCAUAACUACACUUGAUCUCUCCUCCAACCAGUUUUCCGGAGAAAUCCCAGUUGAUAUUUCGAACUGCAGCUUUCUGAAUGUGCUUAAACUCGACAACAACCAGUUGACCGGCCAAAUUCCUCCACGGAUUGGUCUACUCGACCGGAUCAAGUCAUUUAGUGUUGCGAAAAACCAAUUGGCUGGUCCAAUUCCCCUUUUUGUAAAUGCCAGUUUUUCUGCUGAGAGCUAUGAAGGAAAUGCAGGUCUGUGCGGGAAGCCCUUGUCUCCUUGUAGUGGCGGUUCAGUGAAAUCUCAUGCUUCUGCAAUCGUUGGAGGAGCAGUUGGUGGCAUCACUGUAGCAGCUCUCGGUGUCGCUAUUGCUUUGUUCUUUUACAUGCGUAAGAUGUCUCGGAGGAAGAAGGAAGAAGAUCCUCUCGGCAACAAAUGGGCCAAGAGCAUCAAGGGCGCCAAACGCAUCAAGCUAUCGAUGUUCGAGAAAUCAGUUUCAAAAAUGAAUUUGAAAGAUCUCAUGAAGGCGACGAAUGAUUUCAGCAAUGAGAACAUCAUUUGGUCGGGACGUACAGGAACAGUGUACAAGGCGGUUCUUGAAGACGGAACCUCACUUAUGGUGAAGAGAUUACUGGACACUCAACACUCGGAGAACGAAUUCACAGCGGAGAUGGCUACAUUAGGAAGCAUCAAACACCGGAACUUGGUUCCACUGCUUGGUUUCUGCUUGGCGAAGAAGGAGCGCCUCUUGGUCUAUAAGCACAUCCCGAAUGGCUCCCUUCACGACAGGCUACAUCCCGCGAAUGAAGGCACUAGAGUCAUGGAUUGGCCUCUUCGUCUAAAGAUAGGAAUAAAGGCGGCAAAGGGAUUCGCGUACCUCCACCACUCAUGCAAUCCGCGCAUCAUCCACCGGAACAUCAGCUCGCAGUGCAUCUUGCUCGAUGCAGACUACGAACCGAGGAUAUCUGAUUUCGGGCUAGCUAGGCUCAUGAAUCCCAUCGACACACACUUGAGCACGUUCGUGAAUGGCGAAUUUGGAGAUUUGGGCUACGUUGCUCCUGAAUACGCGAGAACUCUGAUGGCAACCCCAAAGGGGGACGUCUACAGUUUUGGAGUGGUGCUGCUGGAGUUGGUGACCGGCGAGAAAGCGACCCAUGUGGCAAGAGCCCCGGACACCUUCAGAGGCAGCCUGGUGGACUGGAUUUCGGAAGUCUCUGCCUCGUCUAAGCUUAACGACGCCAUUGAUGAGUCCUUGGCGGGUAAGGGUUACGACAGCGAGCUUUUCCAGUUUCUGAAAAUUGCUUGUAACUGUGUGCUUCCAGCCAACCCCAAAGAGAGGCCUACCAUGUUUGAAGUGUAUCAGCUCCUUAGAGCCGUCGGGCAGCGCUAUGAUUUCACGACGGAGGAUGACAUCUUGGUGCCGACCGAUGCCGGGGACGCUGAUCGGCUAGUGGAACUCAUCGUUGCUCGAGAUGAUGUACAGAAGAACUUCUACUGAAAAAGGUAUUAAAAAAAAAGUGAGAUAGAUUGCAUGGACAGGUUAAAUGGUAGUAUUAUUACACAUUGUUAGUAUGAAGUAGUGAUGUUCAUGUAACUGUACCUAUAUCUAUAUCUAUAUCUAUAUCUAUACUCCACUACUACUAUUUAGCUGGUGAAAUGAAUUGUGUAUAUCUGUUAUUCUA